AUGCUGUUCUGGAUUCACGUUUCAAUAUCUAAAGAACUAAUAUACCUCAGAAGCACUGAAACCCAUCCAAAGAUUACAAGUAGCCCAGGAAGAUUCCACCCGUAUUUUGAGGGAUGCAUAGGAGCGUUGGAUGGUACUCAUGUACCAGUAUGUGUCCCUGCACAUAUGCAGAAUAGAUUUAGGGGUAGAAAGUCCAGUCCCACUCAAAAUGUCCUUGCGGCUGUUGAUUUUGAUUUGCGAUUUAUCUAUGUCCUUGCUGGUUGGGAGGGAUCAGCCCAUGAUUCACAUGUGCUUCAAGAUGCUCUAAGCCGCCCUAGUGGACUAAAAAUACCAGAAGGAAAAUUUUUCCUCGCUGAUGCUGGAUAUGCAGCAAGACCUGGUAUACUACCCCCAUACCGCGGUGUUCGUUAUCACCUUAAAGAAUACAAAGAUGCUAGGCAACCUGAAAAUGAUAAAGAAUUGUUCAACCUUCGCCAUUCCUCAUGUAGAACAACAAUCGAACGAGCAUUUGGUACCCUGAAAAAUCGAUUUAAUAUCCUCAAGAGUCAACCAAAUCUCCCUUUGAAAACUCAAGUCAAGAUUGUGAUUGCUUGUUGUGCGCUUCACAAUUGGAUAUUAGAUAAUGGUGAUGAUGAAUAUGUCUAUGAUGAUGCUUCUUGGUAUAGAACCUUGCCAAGGAGCUAGAGGAUAUACCGUGAUAUACGUCAUGAGUGUCAAGCUUGGGUGCUUAAACGAGAUCAGAUGGCACAUGCUAUGUGGGAAGAUAAAGUUGGUCAAAAUGAGAACAUUGGUCCCAUGUAGUUGUGAAUGGGUACUUCUAGUUCUUUAUUAUUAUGUUGUGAAUGUUGGACUUAUCUAUGUAAUAAAUACUUUGUUUGCUCAGUAUUACAUAGCUGCUUGCUCAUGCUACUCCAUCUUAUUGAUUACAUUGCUAUAUCAUAUUGCAUUCAUUUGUUUAUAGACAAAUACAAAAUGGGGAAAUGGAAAGGAAAGGGGAAGGUGGAGGUUGAAGGGUCUA